AAAAUAAAAAUAAAACACCAUUCAUUUAUGAAAUACUGGUAUAACCUUGAAAGGGUCUGCUUUUUAUCAUACUGUUACACAUAUUCAACUUUCAGAUGUAAAACUAGUGUUGUGUAAUGUACUAGAAGUGUUUAGGCCUUAGGUACCUUGGAAAAGAGCUGUCGGGUAAUAUGAUGUGCAACUGAAGUGUGUGCCCAUUUUAUGAAUUAGUUUGCAGAACAGGACAUCAAGCAUGCUUUUACAAAUCAGCAGCAUAGUAACGUAUGCUAAAAAUGUUACUGUGGAUUACAUAGACUUGGACUUCACUUUGUGGCUAACAUGGAUGCUUACACCCUUAAUUAUUACAUUCCUUUUGCCAUUGAUUAUAGUACUUCUCUUGUAUUUAAGUGUAUUGAUUUUGUACAUCUACAAAUUGCAUAGACAUCGUUUACGCCAUGCAUAUGAAACAGAUUUCUGGGAUGGUGCACGGAAGACUGUUGCAGCUGUCUGGGAUGCCCAUGGCUGGAUCUGGCAUGGUUAUGAGGUCAGCGGUAUGGAAAACAUUCCAGAUGACACCCCAGCACUGAUCGUGUACUAUCAUGGUGCCAUCCCCAUAGACUUGUAUUAUUUUAUCUCAAAAUCUAUUCUAUUUAAGAACCGUUUGAUUCAUACAGUUGCAGAUCGGUUCCUCUUUAAAAUACCAGGCUGGUUAAUCAUCUCCGAAGCAAUGAAGGUGAUACCAGGCACAGUGCAGAUAUGUUCAAAUAUUCUGAAACAGAACAAUUUAUUAGCCAUAUCACCAGGAGGAGUUUAUGAAGCCCAGUUUGGUGAUGCAUAUUAUAGACUUAUGUGGAAAAAAAGACUUGGAUUUGCAAAAGUGGCCUUGGAUGCCAAAGUGCCAGUUAUUCCAAUAUUCACACAAAAUCUACGAGAAGCAUUUUGCAGUGUGAGUUUUGGCAGACGUUUGUGGCUGAAAUUGUAUACAAUAACAAGGUUUCCAAUUGUGCCAAUAUACGGGGGAUUUCCAGUGAAGUUACGCACACAUGUGGGGAAGCCAAUUCCUUACAACGGUAGCCUCACCCCUGAGCAACUUCAGAUCAAGGUAGCUCAAGCACUAGAGGAAUUGAUUGAGGAGCAUCAAAGAAUUCCAGGCAGUAUAAUGCGGGCACUGGUGGAGAGGGUAUAUGCGCUACCAAAAAAGAAAUCCAAAUGAUGAGCAUAUUAUUGAUUUGGAGCAGUUUUGUAAAUGAGUUAUCCAUACAUCGAACUGCAAGCAUUCCUAAUGACUGAUGGGACGAUGUUGUGAAGUGUGUGACUUCUGCUGUAAUUAAGAGAUGUUCCAGAGGAUGACCCAGCACCUAAAACAUGCCAGGCCUAGUAGUAGUAGUAGUAGUAGUAGUAGUGGUAAUAAAUAAUUUUAUAUAUACAUUGUAAAUACAUUACAAAGGUAUGCAUUCCAGGGUCAAAAUAAAACAUUGUCCUAUUUAUAAGUGUAGUGUCAUGAAGGAGUAUAAUAAAUAACAUAGCCUGUGUAACAAAUUAAUAUUAUUUUCAUAUGCAAUACAAGUAAAAAUGUUUAAUCUGUUCUGAUAAGAAUUGUGCAGAAUGAUAUUUUUUAAACCAUGACACAUUCCAUUUAUUGGCUUAUUUCAAUGUUGCUGUCUUCUCUUGUAAAUAUAGUACCAGACCUCCCGUAUCAAGAAAGCCUGCAACCUAAUGCUUUUCAGACUUUAGGAUUUUGGAUGAUUAUGCAGAGGAAUUUUAAAACAGUCAAAAUAAAUAAUAAAAAUUAUAUGCUGAAGUAUGCUUUAUCUACAGUUCACAAUUUUUUUCAUGACAAAUAGAAAAACCUCAAAAAUGUUGGUUGGUAUAUCUUCAGUCUAAAAAAUUUAUAAAAGCUGUAAACUUAUGCUAUAUGCUGAUUAGACAAGUUUAAACAAGAAACCUGCCUUCUACUAGUGGUAAGACCGUUAACAGUGGUCCCACUCACACAUGGUGGUGAGUCAAAAGAACUAUGAUGAUGAGCAUAGGCAACUACCACCAUAAAAAUCACCAGGAGAAAUGACAAAUUUUAGGUCCUUCAGGAUUUUGCAAUGGCAGAUAUGGGGUCUGACACUAUAUUUACACUAUUUAACAUAUUGUACUUAAAACUCUGUGUGAUUAUUUAUUUAUUUUACUCCAACAUGGUUUUGUAUGUAAAUAUUAACUAUUCUUAUAUUUGUUGUUUUAAGUUACCUGACUUUAUAUAAAAUAAAUAUAUAUAUAUAUAUGCAUUUAAAACUCUGAAGCAUUAAAUUUGUUUUUCUUUAUAAAGAGAAAAACUAAAAAAUUUGGGGUGAUAUAUUUUCAUUGUCUAAAUAACAUGUAAAAGCCCACAGCUUAUGUCAUCUGUUGAUUAAAUAAGUGCAAACAAGGAAGCAACCUUCUGCAGUUGGCAGCAAAAUAACUUUACUUCAUAUUUAUUCAGAAUGGGGACUUUAAGAAAUAAUUAAAACAUUUUUUUCUGAGAUUACUACAGAAGAUUCUGCAUAUGUGUUCUUAAGGUAUGCUAUAACAUUGAAACUUGUCUUUGUAUCACUGUAUAUUUUUACUUCUGAUUUGCUCUGUACAUCUUAUUAUGGAACAACAUGAUUUCCAGUUGCAGCUUAUGCCUCUUUUUUCUGGUGGAACACCUCUACAUGUAAAAUAAAAAUGUGAAAUUCUAAAACAAUGUGAUAUUAUCAAAUGAAACUGGCAUUACUACAAAAAAACUACUGUGUCAUUUUAACAUGAAAAUGUUAAAAUGUAUUACCCUAAAAAUAAAAAUACUUUUAUGAAUA